AUGUGGUCGCUCUGUGUGCCACUGCUCGCAGCUCUCACGUUGCUUGCCCUGUCGACCUCAAUAUCUGCCUUUCCUCUCAACGUCACUGUCUCGCAGCAGUGCACGCCGCUGAAUGUCACAUGGAAAGCGGUGCCGGAAAGGUUCCCGUAUACCAUUUGGAUUGCCGCUAACCAUGGAUUUGUGCAGACUUACCGAAUCAACAGCGACUACCAGCCCGGCGCUCAGUACAUCACGUUCCAGUUCAUCGUACCUCCACCUUCUGGAGGCUUCACCUCGUACACCGUCACCGUGGGCGAUUCCAGAGGCGACGGAAACACCACCCAAGCGCUUCCUAUCAACACGCCAUCGUCCUCUUCGUCUAACUGCCCUGCUUUCGCCGGCAGCGCCGCUUUCCAAUACGCAGCCGAUCCGCGCAACGGCAGCAUGAUCCAGUGCGGCGCGGUCCACUUUUACAACAUUGGCGAUCGAGGAACCAGACCGUUUACCAUCAGCUUUCUCCCCCUCGGUGGUACGCCCGUGUCGGUUCAGGUGCCCGAUCGGUCCACGCUCAACACGUCCAACUUUGACUACCUGACGCUGGUUCCCUUUGCACAGGGUACUCAAUUCCAGACGGUGCUCGGCGAUGCCUCUGAUCCUGGCAGCGGCGGUGCGUCUGCAAUCUUCACCGUCGGCCCCUCAUCGCUCACUCCCUGUCUUGCCGAAAACUAUCGGCUGCCGGAUAGGUUGUCGGUCGCACUGCCCAUCGCCAGCAAUGUAGCAACAUAUAGCAAUCUUGCCGGUGCCAUCUCCACCUCUGCACCGCCACGUGGUUCCGAAUCCAACCCCACCGGCGCCAUCGCUGGAGGAGCCAUUGGAGGGGCUAUUGCGCUCGGCGUCGCCAUCGGAUGCCUGGUCGCCUUCCUUCUGUACCGGCGAAGGCAAAAGACCAAGCGCAAUUUGGCUCGCAGCGAAGAAGUUCACUUUGUGGAUCUGGACAGCGACGAUGGCGAUGAGUGGGCGGCAGCUCGACCCAGCCGCAGCUCGAGACGCAAUGGCAACAGUCCAGCAGAGGAGGGUACGACUGCCGGGCGUUCGUACGCCGUUUCACCUUUUGUGUACGAGCCCAGACACCACACCGGCUCGUCGGGUCGAGGCAACGGCCAGAGCCUCGAGAUGACUUCACCGCAUUCGACCAACCCGAGCUACGGCGAGCUUUUGAAUGCGGCGGGCAUCUCAUCUUCGGCGGGGGUCUCUCCGAGCGACGAUUAUCCACCUCGAGCAGGCAACGUCACGAUGCACUCGCACCACUCAAGUCAGGUUCACAAUCCCUUCUCGUCGUCGUAUGCGGCAUUCUCUUCUGGCAGCCAUGCAGAGUCGUCAGGAGCCACCCUACAUGCUGCAGCAGCCGCGACAAGUACUUCAAGCAAAGCCCAGGCAGCAGCUGCACAGGCGAGGAGAGAGCAGCGAGCACCGCGUCGCGUCGUGCAGCACACGGACGGAGGAGCGCUGCCGCAGCCUUCGAGCGACACUGAAGAUGAAGAUGUGGUCGACGAGCUGCCACCGGAAUACGGCGGUUGGCUGCAGAACGGUGGCGCUGGCGGUAGCAGUAGCGCGCAAGCGGCUGGUCACGCGCCAAUAGUACCAUCAGCGACACAAACACAUCACGGAGGGGGCGCGGCAGGUUACGACGCCCCCCGUGGUGCUUUCUGA